AAGUGUAGCAAUUAUAAAGUCGGACAAGGAUACAAGAUAUGGGUUGGAUUCCAUUGUGACACAUGAUGGGGACAGAUUGCCAUGCUGGCCUUUAGCUAAUCUAUCGUCAUUCAAACAGAGAUGUGGUUCUGAAGCAUACAGUAAGUUAGAGGUCAUUGGCAUUGACGAAGCUCAGUUUUUUGAGGAUCUAUAUGAUUUCUGCACAGAAGCUGCCGACCAUGAUGGCAAGAUUGUGAUAGUUGCUGGGUUGGAUGGUGACUAUCUGAGAAGAAGCUUUGGUUCAGUUCUCGACAUAAUUCCAAUUGCUGAUACUGUGACCAAACUAACUUCCCGAUGUGAACUUUGUGGCAAACGUGCUUCUUUUACCUUGAGAAAGACAGAGGAGACGAGAACGGAGUUGAUUGCAGGAGCAGAUGUGUAUAUGCCUGUGUGCCGAAAGCACUACGUGAGUGGACAAGUGGUCAAAGAGGCUACUAGAAGUGUUCUGGAGUCUCAGAAGGUUCAAUGCAGCUCUGUUCUUUAAUUGUCUUGUAUUAUUAACUGGGAUAGUAAUAUAUCACCAGCACUUUGUCUGUGCAAUAUAAUAGGAUACUGAUGCCACUUUUCUGCUACGGAGCUUUGCACUUCCAAUAUCUCUGUAGAUGUUUAUAGGCCAUUUGCUUAGAAAUGUUAACAGACUAUUGUACUUCCAAGUCUCUGAUCUGCCCAAGCCGCUGUGGACAGAGUUAUCCGGUAUCUGUGCUAGUGGGAGGUAGCUAGUAUCCUAUGACAUUAUUAAGGUGCGAGCAAGUUGGCUCGGACACAAGUACUAUUGUGCCCCUCCCAAAUCGAUAAACAUGAAAUGGCUGUCUAUGAUGAGCAGUGUUCAUUUUCUGGUGUGAAUUAGAAAAAGCAGAUCUUAUUGCACAUUUAAUUUCCUUUGUCUUCAUGCUUC